AUGGAUACCAAUAUAGUUCCCAUACUUGGUCUUGAAUUUAAUAAUAUAGAAGAGGCAUGGCAAUAUUGGGUUGGCUAUGGGAGAAGAAUGGGAUUUGGUGUUAGAAAAGAAAACUCUAAUAAGAGCAGAAAAGAUGGUUCUAUCACAUAUUAUAGAUAUGUUUGUCAUAAGGAAGGAGUGAGGAAACCAGAUAAAAGAGAUUUCAAAACUAAGAAGCCUCGACAGGAGACAAGAACAGGAUGUGAAGUCAGAAUGAUAGUUAGAAAAGUAAAUGGAAGAUAUAAAAUUAUUGAACUGUUUUUGGACCAUAAUCAUUCUCUAGAGCCUCAUGAAACUGUUCAUAUGUUGGCAUCACAAAGGAAUUUACCAAAAGCACAAGGCUAUGCAUUGGAGAUUGCUGAAGAUGUUGGGAUUAAGCAAAAGAAAUCUUUUAACUUAAUGAGUAAAUAUGCAGGAGGGAGGGCUAAUUUGGGCUAUACUAAAGAUGAUGUAAAAAGUUAUUUAACAUCAAGGAGGAAACGAAGAAUGGUCUAUGGUGAAGCUGGAUGUCUAUUUCGUUAUUUCCAACGGCAACUAACAGAAAAUCCUUCAUUCUUUCAUGCUUAUCAAAUGGAUUCAGAAGAAAAAAUAACUAAUGUGUUUUGGGCUGACGCACGUAUGUUGAUAGAUUAUGCUUGUUUUGGAGAUGUUAUUUCAUUUGAUACAACAUACUCUACAAAUCGUGAAAACAGACCACUUGCCAUUUUCUCAGGUUUUAACCAUUAUAGAGAAACAGUGAUAUUUGGUGCUUCUUUAUUAUACGAUGAGACGAUUCAGUCUUUUGAAUGGCUUUUUGAAACUUUUCUAGACGCACAUAAGAAGAAAAUGCCAUUUACUAUAUUUACUGACCAAGAUGCCGCAAUGGCAUGA